AUGAAGCGAUUCGUUAUUUCAGAAACAAGCCAGCAUCAAAUCAAAGCAGCCAGCUAUCUCGGUUCACAAAGUCAAAACAUUUCUCUUGUCAAGUCAGGAAUGCCUUUUUCUAGUCUUUUGACCGAGAAGAAAAAUAGCAGCAUUACCACGAUGCUCAACAAUCCAAGGCUCUUAAAUGCAGCAAAUCCGGAAAUGAUCGAGAUGCUGUGCUCCAGCCUCAAGAAAGAUCCAAAGCUGAACAUCUUGUGUGCCAUGAUACAUUACUUGACAGGUUUGCACGCCCCAAGCACUGCUCACAUCGAACAGGGAACGAGCAACUUUACAGAAGGGCUGCCUUCAACUGAUCGUUUGAGCACGACACCAGGCAUUUCUCAAUCAGAGAAGCAUACUAUUGCCGAACACUGUUUCAAAUACAACACAAUUGGGGAGAUCUUGGAUGCUCUGGAUAAAGAAGGAUCCCACUCUUCACUAGCUGAAAAGGAAAGAUUCUUUUGGGUUCAGCAGCGAAGCUUACCUUGGAGCUUUUGCGUAGAGCAUCUCAUUUAUCAUUCAAAAAUUGUGUUUUAUUGGAACAAAAAUUAUGGACUCUCGAAAUAG